GCUCCAGCAGCUGGGAGUGUGCGCCGGCCCGGCCCGGCCAUGCAGCCUCUGGCGGUAGGUCUGGUUCCCGCUCCGGCGAGGGAGCCGAGACUGACCCUCUGGCUGCGGACAGGGAGUGGGAUCUUGGCGCACCUGGUGGCUUUAGGCUUCACCAUCUUUAUGACUGUGUUGUCCCGGCCAGGAACCAGUCUUUUCUCCUGGCACCCUGUAUUCAUGGCCUUGGCGGCCUCCACGCUGGGCCUGAGGCUCACUGGCCCUCUCCUGUGUUCACAGUUCUGCCUCUGCAUGGCUGAGGCCAUCCUGCUCUUCUCGCCUGAACACUCCCUGUUCUUCUUCUGCUCCCGAAAGGCCCGGAUCCGACUCCACUGGGCAGGGCAGACCCUAGCCAUCCUCUCUGCAGCCCUGGGCCUGGGCUUCAUCGUCUUCAGCAGGACCCGCAGUGAGCUGCCCCACCUGGUGUCCUGGCACAGCUGGGUCGGGGCUCUGACACUGCUCGCCACUAGUGGUCAGGCACUGUGUGGGUUCUGUCUCCUGUGUCCUCGAGCAGCCAGGGUCUCAAGGGUGGCUCGCCUCAAGCUCUACCAUCUGACUUGUGGACUGGUGGUCUACCUGAUGGCUACAGUAACGGUGCUCCUGGGCAUGUACUCGGUGUGGUUCCAGGCCCAGAUCAAAGGCACAGCCUGGUACCUGUGCCUGGCACUGCCCCUCUAUCCGGCCCUGGUGAUCAUGCACCAGAUCUCCAGCUCCUACUUGCCAAAGAAGAAAAUGGAAAUUAACCACUUCUUCCCUGGAGCCCCACCCGGGCUGGGGUUGGUGUUGAAUGGCAGGAGCUGUGUGUCUGGGGAAGCCUUCCAGCCUCACCUUGGCUGUUGAGCUGCGUCGAAGGUAAGCUGCUGUCCCUUGCCAGCCUGUUCCUCCUCUCCUUACCGGCCCCCAGGGCAGACUGCCCCUCCCAGUCCCUGACACCCCACCCUUCCACCCCGCCCCCGUGCGUGGCUGCUCUGGGUCUUGUUUUUCAAACCUCACUGUGGGAGAUCCAGGCAUCCUCCCUGAGCCAGCUGGCUGCAGCACCAAGGCCUGCUCAGAGUUAAUAAUAAUCAUUAGCUUCACAGCGCUGGGGCCUUUCAGCUCCAGAGCUCUAGGCACUUGCAGGCUGAGUCAGCCAGCCCUCACCUUCCCCCUCCUCCUGGGCUGCUGGAGUGUAAUGGAAUGGGGAGAGGAGGGGGGUCAGAGGCUCACUUCCCAGCUGAGGCUUGAGGCUUCUUUGCUCUAGGGCGUGGGCCCUGAGCACCCUCUGAGAACAUUGCUAAGGCCCUUUCACCUGACAAAAAUCAAGACGUGGGGAUCACAGUGUAGGCUCCUCUAGGCAUGCUGCCCUUCCCUCUGUUAUCAGUCUUGACUUUCAGAGGACACCCCUGGUCCUGAUGCCCCAGUAUCAGCAUUUCUGGGGGCCCUCUGCAGGCUUAGGGAGCAGGGAGGCUUCUGGGUUAGUGCUCUGUUGUCCCUGUGUCUGGUUGACAUAAGAGCCGGUGUCUCAGGCAGCAAAAAGUGCAUUGACCCAGGACCCAGGAAAGCUGCAGUCGGUCUGUUCGGCUCCUAACAACGGUGUGGCCAGAGGCAAAUGGCUCACUGCUCCACCUGCCUCAGGGAUGUUGGGUCAGAGCAGAGAAUUUAUGUUAACAGGCAUUGGAAAGUCCAAAGCAUUAAACAAAUGGAAACAGGUGUGUUUACAAGUAUGCUCUUGUCCUUGACUCUCUCUUAAUUGGCCUGACUCUGGGUUUGAUGCUUUUAGGGAGGCAAUCAACGGUUAUGGAUGAUGCCAAGGGGACCCAAGUCUCAGAGAGGUUGUGUUGUUGGCCAUGGUAAGGGAACACACACACACACACACACAUACAUUUCCUCCUCCUAGAUGAAAGAUCAGCUGUCAUGCACUCUGGUCAGGAAUGCCACCAAGGUUAUGAGCCUAGCGAAGCCCGUCCUAAGUGCUGCCUGCCUGGUGGUUUCAGGGCAUGGGGCUGAUUGUAAGUCUGGAAAUCAGUGCACUUGUCCCCUCGUCCAGCCUGAAGUUCCUGGACCAGGUCACAAGUCUGUUCUACAUCUCUCCUACCUUAAUUCUGCGCUUCUGAAGGAAAAGUGCAGCAGACAAGGCAGGAAGGCAGGAGCAACAGUAAUGGACACGACACUGCCCCCCCUCCCCCCACGCGGGUUUCCCCUGUAGCCCCAGGCUGAGCAAGGCCUGCCUCAGGCCCUCAUAACAGGUGCUGGAGAUGCAGAGCUGUGACACGUGUAGCUUGGUCACAGGCUCCUGGAGGAGGAUCAGAGUCCCCUCCUCCUUACAGGAUUUUAUAGGAAUUAAAACACACUUACACUCCCCCCCCCCCCCGGAAAGCAGUUCUACUUCCAUGUUAAAUUAGGGGAAGGAUACUUUCUGUUCCAUGUGUCUUGAGAACUGCCAGCAGUCGGCCUGGGGUGCACACACAGAGGCAGGAACCACAGCAGUGCAAGGCUGUGUAUUGUGUAUUCAGGUUUUUAUCUUGUUUUUUCCCAGCCUGGGAUCCAGCAGUGAGACACUGGUCAGGUGUUGUGGGCAUAGCCCCGGCAUGUCUCACCAGCGCAGGCAUGGAGAAGACAUGGGUGACAAUGCAGAACCACAGGCCCCAGACUUGAGGGUGGUUUGAAGGAGACAGUUCUUAGCAUGGGGCUAAGCUUAAAGCAGACCCAAAAUACCUCCAGUAAGACAGCCUUCCCCCACCCAUCCGCCCAGAAGGCUUGGCUAGUCCCCAGUGUACAGGGAAUAAGAGCCCCAGUUUUUAAUCUACCCGUUAUUGUCAGAAUUUCCCAGAUGAUUUUUUUUAACCUCCGCUAAAAGCAGAUUAAAUAGCUACUUCAGGCCAUUCUGUGGUACCAGAGGAUUCAACUCUUUGUCUCACUGUAUGCAUGAGGGGCCCCCAGCACCCUCUCUUUAAAGCAGACUGUGAGUUAUCUCGCUGUGCUGAGGAUGCCCAGGACUGAGCUGGGCCUUUCUGGCUAGACCCCACCAAAAGCAAAGUAUGGCCAAGCAAGGGAGCAGUGGAGGUGAGGGGAAUUCAGCACCAAGUUAUGUCCAGCUACAGUGCUCCUUCACCCUGUGUGCAUGUUUGUGCACAGACACACAUGUGCAUACACACACCCCUAACUUUGGGGCCAAUGACUCUCACCUUAUGUAUGCCAGUGCCAUAGGGUUCCUGGAAGUCUCCCUGCCGGGCUCCGUGUCCUGGCUCAUAGAAGGAUGGUCCUCUCAGGCCACAGUUCCAUGCCCUCUAUGUUUCUGGGACAGUAACCACGCUGACGUAGACUGGAAGGCCUCAGGGCAGGUCUGUGUAUCUUUACCACUUGGGAUUUCCUGCCCAAUAGCAUAUACGCCUGAUGAAGAGGCUUGAUGUGGCAGCUACUUUAGCUUUCCUCUCUCAAGCCCCACGAGAGGAAGGAAAGGCUCGCUGCAGCCUGACCAGAAAAGCCAACCUUCCUACUGCACAGGUCUGAGCCUUUUCUACAGUGUGGAUGGGGAAAGCAGCUUCACAGUAUUUUCCUGGGAGACAAGGUAAAGCGGUACAAGAACUACAGCUGCAGAAGGGAAGGAGGUGAGAGCUCAAGAGGAAGGGAGACGAGGCUGGCCAGUGCAACUGAACUCUCAACUUCUGUUCUCCAAGGCACCUGUCCUAUCAGCCUCCCCCACUCCCCUGAAAUGCCACUAAGAGGAGCUAAGGAGAGUGCCGCAAGACAUGGCAGACAAAAUUGCACGUCUUGACCAGAACUUAGGGAGUUUCUUGUGGCUUGAGGGUGGGGGGCCUGAGAUGCAGCCAUGGACUUCUUUGGCAUGAUGGGGGAAAAGAGCACCAAAACUUUUCAGGCUCAGAGUCAGGGCUUGGCACAGGCCAUGAUGCGAGAACACCCAGCAGUCUUCCCAGACCCGUUCUCUUUACCGGCGUCCUCGUGGCCAACGUCAGCUGCAGCAAAAACUGCUCUGAAAAGAUGAAAAAGUGCCAUGUAAAUGUAGACUAUGGGGGCACUCUGGCAUCAUCUGCCAUUUCACUUGCCUGCCAAGGUUGAUUUGUCUGAUGUGGCUGGUGAGGUGUCUCCUUCGGUGGUUCCUCAGGAAGAGAACAAGACAACUCUCCAGACAGAGGAGGGCUGCCCUUUGGUCAAGAUUUUAUCAAUGUAGGGAAUUAAGUAAUGAUUCAAAUUCCGGCUUUUAAUUUCUGUUUUCCUUAGACCAUUUCCUCUCCCCUCUUGGACUCUACCAUGACGAUCUCCUUCCAGAAGUACCAAAAGAGUAGCCAAAGAAUUUGCAUGUUCAGCGUUUAGUAGAACCGGGUCCAAUUCCUGGUAGGCUGUGUCUGUACCAAGAACGUGAGGGUUGCAUUUCUCAGUCUACGCAAUGCCUAGGACGCAUUAAACUGUCAAUGAGUAUUAACCUGCCCAUUCAAUGAAUAUGCUUUGAGCCAAACUAAGAUAGUUACCAUUUACAGUAUGAAAAAAAUACAGGUAAUAACCAAAAUACUGAAACUGAGCUGCUUUCCACCAAUUCUUUUAAUCCAGUGCAAGCGUUUUUCCAUAUCACAGUUAGUAGGCUUCAUCCAGACUUUUAAGAGAACUCUGUAGGGAGGCGGCCCUCCUCCCCAGGGAUCCAGGAAGACUUCAUUAUCCACAGGAUGUAGCCCCAAGUUAAAGAAUUUCUAAACUCUCCUGCUAUCGCAUCAGUGAUGUUUCUUAUGAGAAUCUAUCAGGUCGGGAAACUGGUCAGCUGGCCCAAACCAGCCCCACUGCUGGGUUUUGUAUGGUGUGUGAGCUAAUAAGAGUUUUUAUAUUUUUAAAUGGUUGAAAAAACUCAAAAGCUGUGUGAAAAUGAUAUGAAAUUCAAACUUCAAUGUCUGUAAAUAAAGUUGUACUGGAACCACA